UCAAGUGUCACCUGCAUUAUCAAAAGUCAAAACACCAUACAAUUAAUAAAUAAUUAUUAAUUACAUACUUCAUAACUUUUUAAGGAUACUGAACAUGCAAAAUAAAAUAAAACAAUAAUAAUUAUAAUUAUGCUAUCAUGGUUUUUUUCAUGAAGCAAAAAAUCAUUGAAAACUUUAAUUUCUAAGUUUAAGGUUUAUUAUGUGCGAUAUGUCCUCUAAAUGCUUUAUAAAAAGUGUAAAUACUGCAGGUGCUGUGCCUUUACAAAGAAUGGAAAUUAGCACAAAUGAAGAUAAAGUUAUGUCCUACGAAGAAAAAUGUGUGGGGUCGACAUUGUUUUUUAAGUGUGAAGCUUGCCCUUAUAUGGCCCUUGCUGAAGAUGACAUUAAAUUUCAUUUAUUCACUGCUCACCCUGAACUCGCUAAGAGGAAUGGGCUUGCCGAUAAUAUCCAAAUUGCCUGUCCUGGAUGCGCUUGCAGCUUCGAUACUGAAGAGACCCUAAGAACGCAUCUACGUAACCAUCAUAAGAUGGGUAUUAAAGAUGUUAAAAAAAUGGUUAAGAGCUUAGUUCAAAUAGCCUUGAAAGAUGCAAAGUUAAAAAAAGAGGAGCCUUCAUGUGGGGCUGGUCCGAAUUCUCACCAAGAUUUGCCUGAAGUUAAAAUACCACAAGUAAUAGAGAUUGUUCCGGAUAUGCAAAGUGCCAACAUUGAAGGUUUACCUAAAGGUGUUGCAUUUAUCUCAAUGGAAGAACUGAAUAAAAUGAGUCCACCAAAUUUUGAGAAAGUAGAUCCCAAAGAAGUGAUCCAAGAAGCUAGUAUAAAUAUUGUUUACCCUAGUGAAGCAUCAUCUCAAUAUGUUUCAAAGCCCAGCACAUCACAUACUCCCGGUCUCAUUCAAAUCUCAAGUGUGACUCCAGAUUUGAUCUCAUCUAUUCAACCCCAAUUCACAACUGAAAAAUCACCUGAACCAAGUAAAAAAGAGGAACAGGAAUCUCCAAAAUCCUCAAAACAAGUAAGGAUCUCAAAUCAGUUUGAAGGUGAAGCGCUCAAUCUUGACCAGAGCUUAAAAAAAGGAAUCCUUUGUUCUGUAAAUAACUGUCAUAUCAAGUUAAAAGAUUUGAAGAAUUUGUCAUAUCAUAGAAAAUGUCACCAGGGUGGCAAACUAAUUUGUCCCGAGUGUGGUUGUGCUUUCUCAAAUACUGCACCACUACAUACACAUCUGUGGAAGUUACACGCAAUAGAUUUAGAAUUGCCAACUUGUGAACUAUGUGGAUAUAAGACAUACAAAAGACAUAGGUUGUUCCAGAUACAUAUGAAGUGUCAUAAGGCAACACAUAAUCAUACAUGUUCAAUAUGUUCAAAAUCAUUUAAAAAUUCAAACCAGCUGUCUAAACACAAAAUGAUUCACAAAAAGGGUAACCCCGUGGAAUGUCCCAUCUGUAAGGUUCAAAUUGUGAGUGAACGACGGCUCAAGCACCACAUAGCAACAGUACAUGAUAAGCUGAAGCCUAUAAAAUGUACAGAAUGUGAACAUUCAUUCUCAAAAAGACAAGAUCUUAUAUUGCAUAUGAGGUCCCACACAGGUGACAAGCCUUAUGCCUGUGAGCAGUGUAACUAUAGAACUUCAGAUCACAAUGCAUACAGAAGGCACAAUAAAAUGCAUUCAAAAGAUGGUGUGUAUAAAUGUAAAUACUGCCCAUACACAGCCAUACAAUCCACAGUAUUGACUUCUCAUAUUAUCUCAAAACAUCCCAAUAUCUCAUCAAAUGACAUUCAUUGUUGCCCUUACUGUCCAUUCAAGUCAAUAAAUAAAGAUAAAUACGUUGUGCACAUUACAACACAUACAGAUAAAGAAGGCAUACAUUUGCUAUUGGAAAUGAAUAAGAAUAAAACCAACAAACCAAGUUGGACAAUACCCAGUGAAACUACUACUCAAACCGCUAAUAACGAUAAUACAAAUGAACAGAACAAUGAAACUAAUUCAAAAACAGUAAAUCGAAUACCUAUAGAAGUAUAUGAUUGUGAUAGUUUACCUGAAAGACAGGAGUUCUCUACAAAAUAUUGCACUACUUCCUCAAAUACAGAUAUUGUGAAUAAUUUUAGUGAUCAAGAUGCUGUUACAGAUUUGAGUAAGGAUUACAAUAAUUCUGAUUGCCUCAUAACCGAAAGUCCAAAUAAUACCAUAGAGAGGCAUCAAUUUAAUACUCAACAUUCAUUGCAAAUGACAUUCAAUGUAUCACAACCUAACCUGCAUUUUCUUAAUACUUCAGCAUCUAUAGAACAGACACUAUUGCAAAGUACGAACGUAAAUUCACUCGCACCGAAUCAUUCUUCAAUGGGUGAUAAUAUCAAUAAUAAUAUAAUGUCAAACUUUCCCAUAAGACUACCUCAUUCACCAGUAUCAAUGCGAAACAAUAUAACAUUUAAAGCUGUUGAUAAAAUAACAAUGCCCAUGUCUAGAGUUACAGGACCUAUUAUUAAACCCACUCAAAUAUUACCUGUUCCAUCAUCUAGCCAUUCCCCAAUAAGUAUUUCAAAUGAACUUGAGGGAGUACCACGAAAAAAGGCUAAAAUAUCUGUAAAAAGUAAUUUAAUAUUGAAAGGCCCUGAUCAGGUUAACAUGUUUCAUUCACAACAAAAAAUGGCUUUUAAACAGUUGCAGGAUAGUGAAAGAUAUGGACUUGGUGGUCCUGUCACAUUUAACAAUUUAAUUCAUGCAACAACUCAAUUUAUGCAAUUACCUACAGAGCCUGUACUAAGUGAAUCUCCAAACACAAUCAUGAGUUAUACACCGGAUAGUAUGUUGAGUGAUACAGCAACCACUCCUGUAGAAAACGAAAUGACCACUGAUUCUCAAAUAUUUUCAUUUAACCAGCAACUGAAUGGAACAAUGCUUCCUACAACACAGAAAUUACAAACAAAUGAUCCAAGUUAUAUCAAGCUAGAAGCGACAAUAAAACAAAAUACACAGUCGCCUAGUCUGGAGAGAAUGUGCAACGUAAAUUUGAUGAGCAAUCCAGCUUUGAAUAGAGAAUAUAAAGCAUCACCGCCCUUGGAAGAUAUUCAUAAAAACAUUAAUGAAAUAAAGAAUGAAUUAAAAUCGGACACAUUUUACAAUGUUCCCCUAAGCGAUGCAACUACAAAUCCACCAUUAAUUGACCAAUAUCUCAUUGAUAAUAUAAUACCGGAACAAUAUCCAUCCCAUAUGGACCUUUCAGCUGUAGUGAUGCAAGAGUUAACUGAUGAACACAAUGACGUAAUUGAAAUUGAUGAUAAUUCAGACGAUAAUAAACUAUUACCACGGUUUGAUAUGAACUUCCCUUUGGAAUCCUUGUACUUGAUGCAUAACGAUUUUCAUUUCUUAGAAAAUGAUGGCCAAUUAAACAGCAGUUCAGAGAUGAAUGUUAAUGAAAUUAACAGAAUUGUCACAGAGUUGCCGCUGACAAAUCAAAAAGAGAGCUUAGAAAUAGCACAACCGGAGAAUGGUGACUUUGGUUAUAUUCAGGGCAAAAAGGAUCCAAUGAUGAAUACGUCAGUUAGACCGUCUACAAAUAAAAUCAAUGUAAAAAAUAUAGAGUUAAUGAAAAAUUAAUAUAGUUACAUAAAGUACGUAAGUUAUUAUAUAAUAUACACUAUUAAAUUGUAAAUUGUUAUCUGGUUUGUAGUAAUUUUAAGAAUGAAAAUAAAAGACUGCAUUUUGUUGA